AUGAACUCUGUUCUCGCAGCAAUUUCACGCUUUGGGAUGAAUUGCAAAAUGAAGAACAGAAGAAGUCCACAGAAAACCAUAAGAAGGAUGAAACUCUCCGCUCUUAUGGCGCUCGCUGGCAGCACCGUCUCGGCUGAACGUCCAUUAAACGUCUUUAUGGACGAAACACUCCCCUGUGAAAACUUCGCCGACGUCUUUCCCCCAGAACAGUUCCCCGAUAUGAAAACCAACUGCAAGAUCAAGAGCAACAAGAAGAAAACCAAGGCCUACUGCAACCUCAUCUGCCUCAACGGGCAACACAACGUCUGGUCGACGCGAAACAUCAAGUGCAAGCGAGUCCGAAACAACCAGGACCCCGACUAUCAGCUCGGCGAGUACAGAUGGCGUCCAAAUACGAUCAAGGAUGCUGGCUCUCUUUGUGAUGUCAAGGAGCGAUGCCAAGAUCCAAAGAAGGUCUACAACUUGACCAACAAGCUCCUCAGCUACGAAAAGAACAUCGAUGGCCGACGAACCUGGUACAAUUUCUCAUGUGACGAUAUGGUCAGUGACAACAAGGUCUUCGAGAUGAUUCCCUUCCCAACUGAUGCUGUCUCUUGUACUUGCAACUUCAACAAACCAUCCAAUGUUCGAUGCAAGUGGUCAAAGGUCAAAAACUCGAUCGUCCGAUGCGUCCGAAAGGACAAAGAAGACAAGUUCUUUGACGGCAGCUUCAUGUACGACGAUAUGUACGAGUAA